GACCACCAACUUCGCGUAUCAUGUUCUCCAGAGAUGCUGCUUGACCCGACCCGCUUAGUUACACUCUAGCACUUCAUAUCCAUCUGUUUGGGGGGAGUGGUGACGGUUGUUGCGCGGUCGCAAAAUUCGCGUGUGCAAGUCCGGAAGCCAAGCGCGGUCGGGAACAUGUAAGCGACCAUUCGCUGAAAAGAGAUACAAAAUACUGGAGUAACUCAGCGGGACAGGCAGUGUGGCUGGAGAGAAGGAAUGGGUGACGUUUCGGGUGGAGACCCUUUCACUGAUAACCCUCGCUUCACCUAGUUUUGCAGCAUCGCUUAGAGAUCCUACCGUGACCUUUCACUGAUUAUAGACACAAUAUGCUGGAGUAACUCAGCGGGAACAGGCAGCAUGUCUGGAGAAAUUGAAUGGGUGACGAUUCGGUAGAGACCAUUCUUUCUCUGCUAACCCUCGUUACUGCAAAUUUUGCAGCAGCGCUUUGCAAACUGCGAGAAACCAGAUCUAGGCGCAGUGAUCGCCGCCGGGGAAGAGGCUGAUUGGCAAAGAGGAGGCGUUGGCGCCGACAGCGGCGGCUCUGGUUGGGUGCGGAAGGCUGUGGGCCAGGAGCGGCGGCUGCAGAGUUGUGUGCAAAUCUUCAUCUUCGUGUAAAACCAUGGCCGGAUAUGAUGCCCUGAUCAAUGAGUGUCCCCUUCUGUUGCCUCAGAAUAGACAAAAGACUGUGUUUGAUGGCUUUGUUAUGGUUAAGGAUAAGGAAUUUCGUGUGAGGAUACUGCUGCCUGAAGACAGAGAUCUGAAACAUGCAAGGCUUCAGUGCAGUUGGCAGUUAAACCAAGUCUUGCACGGAUACCAGCACAUUGUGAAACAGAGACUGCAACAAUCCACUGAUCUGGUCAACUUUAUGUUGGAGUUUAAAACUGUUUUGGAGAUUGCAUUGAGAAACAAACAUGACCUGCAAACUCCCCCACCUCCACAGUAUUAUGCACAGCUUAUUAAAGAGAUUGGAAAUUUGGGUUGGGAUAAGCUUGCUUAUAUGGAUACAGAGUUCAGGACCAUUAAGCUGAAGGCUGAGGAUUCUGCAGGUCGAGAGCAUAUGAUCACAAUUAAAUUAAAAUCAAAGUAUCCAGCUGAACCACCUGACUGUGCCACAGAUUUUCCUGUUCCAUUUGUGCUUUCUUGGACUCAUGAGAGCUCUUUAGAAAACCUGCACAGUCAGUUUCUAGCAGCUCUGGAUUCAUUAAAGGAGUUCUGGGAUGUUAUGGAUGAAAUAGAUGAGAAGACCUGGGUGCUUGAACCUGAAAAUCCAGCACGGGCAUCAACAACAAGGAGAAUUGCUCUGAGUAACAAUGUCUCAAUAAAUCUGGAAGUGGAUCCUAGACACCUGAAAAUGUUGCCUGAAUGCUGUUUCCUUGGUGCUGAUCAUGUGGUAGCUCCGCUGAAGAAUAAGCUGAACACUAACAUGCAUCUUUGGUCUCCAGAGUGUACUGUGCUGCAAAAUCUAAAAGAUAUAUUGGAGAUAGACUUUCCAUCCAAAGCCACACAUGAGAAGUCUAGUUUUAGCAUGGAAUGUGGGAUUUGCUAUGCAUACCGACUUUCCUCAGCCAUACCGGAUCAAGUGUGUGAUGACCCCCGCUGUGGACAGCCAUUCCAUCAGGAGUGUCUUUACGAGUGGUUACGAGGUCUACCUUCUUCAAGGCAAAGUUUUAACGUCAUCUUUGGUGAAUGCCCUUACUGUAGUAAGCCAAUAACAGUGAAGAUGACUUCAAAGAGAUGCUGAAUAUCCAAGUGCUUUUUAAAUCAUCCAUUACAUUUGCUCCACAGCAGUUAAAUUAAGUAAACAUUUUAUUUUCACAAACCAUGACCAUUUACUGGGCCAUUAGUUAAACUGUUCUGCUGGCCACUGCCAGAAUAAAUCCACGAGCAGUGUAAAAAUAUGUACUUAAAACAACAGAAGUAUUAUUAAUAUCAACAAGACUAGGACUGCAGCACCAUAUCGGAAGAUGUCUGAUUUUAUUUUUAUUUGAUCCGGAGGCACUACUGAAGCUGCAGCUGGACCACGGAACUUUGCCUCUCGUCGAUCAGUCGUUAUAACUUCGGGCUUCCUAUCCCUGAUCUCAGAUUGUAUUGAAGGUCCAGUUGCCUCUUCCUGACUUUGAACAGCCAUUGCAAUCUCCGGCAUCCUUGCUUCAACCCUCAACAGUUCUGAGCAUUCACUACCACUCGAAAUUUUACCUCUUCCUUUUAUUUGCUUCAGUGCAAUUUGUCUUGUUGAUUUCUGUCUUGACACAGGCACCUGAAAGAGGAAAGAGUUAAUUAAAACACUUCCAAUUGCUCCUUUAUUGAAAAUUAUAUGUAGCAGAGACAACUCAUUAUGUCUCUGCCAAUGAUAGUGAGUAAUGCCCCUGUCCAACUUAGGAAACCCAAGGUUUCGGUGCAGUUCCUGGAGGUUUUUGUCAGUCUCCCUACCUGCUUCCACUACCUGCAAACUUCGGGAACCACACGGAAACCUUGGGUGGGGCGCAAACUCUCCCGAGGUUUCCGUUCAGGUUUCCUAAGUUGGACAGGGGCAUAAAAAAGUUUGAACAUCAAUGUAAACUUGAUGAUCUAUUUAAACUGGAUAGUAUUUGUGAACAACCUUGCAAGUUUUUGCAUACCACUUGUACAUGCAUGCUACUGUAAAUACCAGCAUCUUAAUUAUAAAAAGUACUUUGGCAAUGUAAACAUUUUCUUCAAAUACAGGUUAGUGCAAAUAUGUUGUGAUAAAGCAACACAUAAUUGCUACCAUUGCAUUUGUUAUUAUUAAGUUAAAAACUAAUGGAAUAAAUAAAUGAAACCAACAAUGGCUGUAGAACAGAAAAUAAUAAGACCCUCCAAGGAACAAAUAUCCAUCAAACCAUCAGUUUGUGCCAUUAUUUGCAAUUCAGGGUAUGAACACACCCAUUUGUUGAAACAAAAAGCUGAAUGAUCCUAUACAGCUAAAUCUUGCCUUCAACUGAUGAUUUACAUUUUGCUUCAAUAGCUAUUGAUUAUGCCUUCCAAGCAUCAGCAUUUUUGAGUUGUGGCACAUGUCCCUGCAGUUAGUACCACGCUCCUGGUAAAAUGGCAGCAUUAUUAUCUCAAGGAUUUCAAUUUGAUGUUCAUACUUCAGUUAAGCCAGUUUUCUGCUAGACACCUCAGGUGGAAAAGUGCUUUUUUGAAGAGCUAAUGCAGUAACUAGCAACCACAUUGCCAACAUCAACUAGUACUCUUCAAUUUAUGUUCCUUGAUUGUAAAGUGCUUAGGAUGUCCAGAUUCAUGAUUUCAUUAAAUAAUACACGCUCAGGAUAAAAAAUACCCUCACGAUUAGAAACCCCUUUGCCACCUUUUCUCAGGAAUGAAUAUACAUUGCUAGUGUAAACAAAGUCAAGCAUUAACAUGUUCAGAGCAUAGUCACUUUCAAGUCAGAUGGUCCUGGAAAUGUAGUGAUAAGUUAUGCAGAAAUCCUGCACAUAUAUGCUGGGCCAAUUGAAAAUCCUCAGGUAAACCCAAAAUGCUGGAGUAACUCAGCGGGUGAAGCAGCAUCUAUGGAGAGAAGGAAUGGGCAACGUCUCAGGUCGUGACGCUCAGUACUGAUAUCAGGAGUUUACAGCUGUUUAAGCUGUCAGAAGUAUGAAGGCAGCAACAUUUCAGAAUGGUAAUGGAGAUUUCAUUAUGUUUUCAGUAAAGUUAACAAAGUGCUUUUAA